GAUGACGUAGUACUUGAUGUGCUCUGCAGCGUCGAGAAGAGCUGGAGGUCGAGGUCUGUGGAGGCUAUUGUGGCGUUGUAGAUGCUGAACAUGAGGCGUUCUUCAUGAUGUCUUGCUUGAGCAGGUCGUUUCUGUGCGAUCCAGAUGGCGCCCUGAACACUCUGACGUUCUUGUUAUCACCUGGCGCCGUAGAUGGAAAUCAGUGUGCAGGGUUUUUUUCUUUUCUUCUUCUCGCUAAACAGGGACGACGAUCCUGGUACUUGGAGCGGACCGACAAUGAUGCUUACCAACAGCCAGACGGCGGAGAAGCCUGGAAGGCUUUAUCACAGUAUACAUUCGGCUGUACAUUGCAGUUCGACGCCCAUUAUCACCAACGCUACGUUGAGGCCGCAGGCCGUAGUGGACUUUAUGUGAUAGUGAUGGCCAAUUUGGCUGCGAUCUUUGCGCUGUCCAAACUUCAUAAG